CCCGCCGAGCCCCGCCGGGCGCUCCCCCCGGGCCGCAGCCGGACGCGCUCCCGGGGCGCGGCGGGCGCGGCGCUCCUGCCCUCCAUGCUGAUGUUCGGCGUCAUCCUGGCCUCCAGCGGGCUCCUCCUCAUGAUCGAGCGCGGCAUCCUCGCCCAGGUCGGGCCACCGCCGCCGCACCCUCCCGCGGGGCUGUCCCGGCGGGACGGGCGGGACUCGCCGGCCGAGCUGGAGCUGGAGGUGCUGCGGGACACGCGGAACCGCACGAUCCGMGCCCUGUGCGGGCAGCGCUCCAUGCCCCGCGGCGUCUGGGAGCUGCCGCCCGGGCAGCGCCGCACGGUGCUCCGGCACCUCCUGGUCAGCGACAAGUACCGCUUCCUCUACUGCUACGUGCCCAAGGUGGCCUGCUCCAACUGGAAGCGCAUCCUGAAGGUGCUGGACGGGGCGCUGGAGAGCGUGGACGUGCGGGGCAAGAUGGACCACAAGAACGACCUGGUGUUCCUGGGUGACAUGAAGCCGGAGGAGAUCAGCUACCGCCUCAAGCACUACUACAAGUUCCUGUUCGUGCGGAACCCCAUGGAGAGGCUGCUCUCGGCCUACCGCAAUAAGUUCGGGGAGAUCAAGGAGUACCAGCAGAAGUACGGCGUGGAGAUCAUCCGGCGCUACCGCAAGAACGCGGGGAACUCGGCGGGCGACGACGUGACCUUUUCCGAGUUCCUGCAGUACCUGCUGGACGAGGAUGUGGAGCGCAUGAACGAGCACUGGAUGCCCAUCUACAACCUGUGCCAGCCCUGCGCCGUCCGCUACGACUUCAUCGGCUCCUACGAGCGGCUUCACGCCGAUGCCGCGCACGUCCUGGAGCACAUCCAGGCRCCCUCGUCCGUGCGCUUCCCCGAGCGCCAGGCCUGGUACAAACCCGUCACGGCCGAGACGCUUCACUACCACCUGUGCAGCACCCAGCGCCGGCUGAUCCGGGAUCUCCUGCCCAAAUACAUCCUGGACUUCUCCCUCUUYGCCUACCCGCUGCCCAACGUCACCGCCGAGUUCUGCAGGCAGUGAGCUGCUCCGSUCGGGAGCCGCUGGGAAUUCUGCCUUUCUCGCACAGCCCUUGCUGCUGUGUGCAGCACACUCCUCUAUGCAUUAUUUCCUGAUUUUCUACUUUGCCAGCAUUGUUUAUAUGAAAUACUCUCUACUGCCUUUGCUACUAGGAUCCUUUUUGUACUGCUCCGACUUUCCCAUGUACAUUCGCCGCUGGCUCGAGCACAGUAGCUUUUGUAUCUCUAUUUUGCUCUAAAUCCUUUUUCUAUGGCCCAACAUAGAAAACUCCUGUAAGGAAUCUGAGAAAUUUAUAUAUUUUAAGCAUUUUUYUUCCUUUUCUGGGUUUUGUACUAAACGUUGAUUGAAUUGAGAUCAUAACGUGGCAGUUGAUGCACUAAAACUUAGUGCUGUUAAACUGGUCCUGGGUGGGUUGUGCAUGUAAGUUUAAAAAAAAAAUGGUUUUUGUAAACCAGACCCCAUUUAUCCUUUACUUUCUCAUUGUAGAUGGUACUUAAAUGAAGCUGGUCAGUUUACUGUUUGUCAGUAGUACCGCUGGGUUUUAUUAUUAUUAUUAUUWUU